GGGGCGGUGGCCGUGGCGAUGACAGCCGCUCCCCGCCCCUGAGGGUCGCCACGUCCCUCACGUACCGCCCGGGCGAGGCGCGGAGCGGCGACCUGGCGGCCGCGGCUCCGGCUCCUCCGGCGGGGCUCGGCAUGAGGCUGGCGCGGCUGCUGCGCGGAGCCGCCUCGGCCGGCCCGGGCUCUGGGCUGCGCGCGGCUAGCCCCGGCGGCAGCCGCAGCCUCACCUCGGACUCGGGCUCCGGGCCCGCGCCUGAGAGCGGCGUUCCGGGCCAGGUGGACUUCUACGCGCGCUUCUCGCCGUCCCCGCUUUCCAUGAAGCAGUUCCUGGACUUCGGAUCUAUGAAUGCUUGUGAAAAGACCUCAUUUAUGUUUCUGCGGCAAGAGCUGCCUGUUAGAUUGGCAAAUAUAAUGAAAGAAAUAAGUCUUCUUCCAGAUAAUCUUCUCAGGACUCCAUCAGUUCAAUUGGUACAAAGCUGGUAUAUCCAGAGUCUUCAGGAGCUUCUUGAAUUUAAAGACAAAAGUGCUGAAGAUGCUAAAACUAUUUAUGACUUUACAGAUACUGUGAUUCGGAUCAGGAACCGACACAAUGAUGUUAUUCCCACAAUGGCCCAGGGUGUGAUUGAAUACAAGGAGAGCUUCGGGGUGGAUCCUGUCACCAGCCAGAAUGUUCAGUACUUUUUGGAUCGUUUCUACAUGAGUCGCAUUUCAAUUAGAAUGUUACUCAAUCAGCACUCUUUAUUGUUUGGUGGAAAAGGAAGCCCAGCUCAUCGAAAACACAUUGGAAGCAUAAAUCCAAACUGCAAUGUUGUUGAGGUUAUUAAAGAUGGCUAUGAAAAUGCUAGGCGUCUGUGUGAUUUGUAUUAUAUUAACUCUCCUGAACUAGAACUUGAAGAACUAAAUGCAAAAUCACCAGGACAGCCAAUACAAGUGGUUUAUGUACCAUCCCAUCUCUAUCACAUGGUGUUUGAACUUUUCAAGAAUGCAAUGAGAGCAACAAUGGAACACCAUGCUGACAAAGGUGUUUACCCCCCUAUUCAAGUCCACAUCACACUGGGAAAUGAGGAUUUGACUGUGAAGAUGAGUGACCGAGGAGGUGGUGUUCCUUUGAGGAAAAUUGACAGACUCUUCAACUACAUGUACUCAACUGCACCCCGGCCUCGUGUUGAGACGUCCCGAGCAGUGCCCCUGGCCGGUUUUGGCUAUGGAUUGCCCAUAUCACGUCUUUAUGCCCAAUACUUCCAAGGAGACCUAAAGCUAUAUUCUUUAGAGGGCUAUGGGACAGAUGCAGUCAUCUACAUUAAGGCUCUGUCAACAGAAUCGAUAGAGAGACUCCCAGUAUAUAACAAAGCUGCCUGGAAGCAUUACAACACUAACCAUGAGGCCGAUGACUGGUGUGUCCCCAGCAGAGAACCAAAAGACAUGACAACAUUUCGCAGUGCCUAGAUACACUUGGGACAUCUGGAAAAUCCAAAUGUGGCUUUUGUAUUAAAUUUGGAAGGGAUGACGUUCAGAACUACAUUAUACCAAAUACUUCACAUGUUACUUUCAAAAUUAACUAUUUGGGUAGAAUAAAUGGAAAGUGAAUUCCAUUUAUGUCUGUUAAACUUCCUAAAAGAUGAAAUUGUACCUAUUUUGCACUUAUAUUUUCACAGUUAAUUGAGCAUAUUUUUAAACAACUGUAGUUUUGGUCAACUUUCCUCUUUAUGGUAGACUUCAGAAGCAUGGAACUCUUGGGGUUUCUACAGAAAGCUGUGUAGUUUUUAAAAAACUUUUCAUUUAUGUGUGUUAGAAACCUUUUCUUAAUGAUCCUGAUUAGCUAGUUAGCCAUCCACCUGUCCUUUGGAAUUCUGCCAUCCUUUAUUAAUGUGUAAUGACAACUGUAAUAAGAUGGUCUUCGGAUAUACCAGUGACUAAGUAGAGAAGUAAAGCGGAAAACAGUUGCCCUAUAAACAUAGCACCAGCCGCAUCUACACGUAUCAUAUUCACUCUGAAGUUGAUUUUUCAUUUUUUAAUUUCACUGCAGAGGAUUGUAAUAGGUUCCCUAUGGAGCUAAGCCAAGAUCGUAGGCAAUCUACUCUGAAUGUGCUUGUGAUUAAUGCAGGGGGAAAUUUUUAUACUAAAAACAAACCAGCAGCUGCUAAAAUUCUAGAGAAGAAAUUAAGGUCAAAGCAGUGAGGCCACAAAAUUGAACUAUCGAUUAUUGAGAUUACCUGGGGGAGCUUUGGAGAGACAGAAUUUUUCUCAGUCUUACUCCAGACAUAGAGAAUCAGACUCUCCAUGGCUGGAGCCCAGAAAUCUCAAUUUUUAGAAUGCUUCCCAGGUGAGUCUGAUGCCCCAUCUAGUUAGGAAACCACUCUUUUAAAGUAAGUCAUGAUACCACAUUUGCUAAAGCAAGAGAGAUCUUUAGGUUUUGAUUUUCACUUAUUGCAAGGUCAGGCUUCUAGACUCCAGGAGAGACCAGCACUCUCAGCCCUGGUGCAAAAGCAGGAGACAAAUUGACUACAUGAGAACAGUCAGGUAACCGAAGAAUCAGAACCAUAAAUGCACAAUUACUGAUGAAGAACAUAUAUUUUAUAAGAAAUAUCUAGACUUUGUUAUCAGGAAAAAUUCAACUAGGGCUUUUCAACAAUUCUUUGCACUCAUAUGGUGAUUUGUAGCUUACAAAUACUUUGGUAUAAUAUGAUAACUCUGUUGGGCUUUAUAACAGAUAUAGAGCAGGUGGUAUCAUCCUUGUUUUGAGACUCAAAGUGUGGCCUAAAGCUGUACAGAAUUGGAAUCAGGGCCUGAGCUGUCUCUGCUGAUCGCUGUCAGCCGCCGAAUCUCGUAGACCCUGAAGUUAGGGGACUAUGCUGUUAGUCAUACCACAACUUUUAACAUGACAGGGAAAUAUACUGAAAAUAAAUUUUAAAGUAAGAUUCUAGAUAUUUAAAUAACAGCUUUACUACUUAAAUGUGGGAAUUUUAUCUGGAAAAUGCAUUGGGUUGAAACACCUCAUUCUCAAAAGGAUUACAUAAGUUAAAUAAUGCUAUAUAAAUUUGUAAAUCAGAAGGGAUGGAAAAGAACAGUUAGUCCAGGAUCCUCAUGUGAGAGGUGAUAGUCCUGAGACUCAGGGUGUGUGAUUUGCCCAGGGCUUCUGAGCUAAUUUGACCAAAUGUUUGGAAAAAGAGAUCUUUUACCCAAUCUAUCGUUCCUUAAUUAUGGAUUUUAUGAAAAAAUAAUAGGAUAUGCUAGUGGAUGAUUUAUAUUAAUUCAAGGUAUUACAGUUUUUUAGCUUUAAAUUACACUUUUUUGGUAAUGAUGAAAUAUUUUAGAAUCCUUUGAAUCAAAAUACUUUCUUUCCUAAAUAAGACAUUUGUACAACUGACAUAAACUUGGCAUUUUAUUUAUGAAACACUUUCCCUCUCCCCCCCAAAUUACAGUUUUUCUCUAUUUAUGAGCUAAGAAAUGAUGUUUUUAAAGCAAAAGUGAAAUGUGUUCCUUCAGCUUCUUUUUAAGGUAUAACAGCUUUCUUACUUUGUUAUGUGGUAAUGGACAGAAAAUUACAUACAAAAAUAUUUGGGGGUUAGCAUUCUCCUUGAUGGUUUCAAAUCAUUGUGCUACCUGAAAAGUUUUUAGACUCUUACACUGUUUUGUCCACCAGCAUUUAGUGUGAUGACAUGUAGAUACAGAAGUAUACAGAAGGAUAAGAAGUGGAUACUGAGUGAUUUUUUUUAUAACCUGGGCAUUUAAUAAAUGUGCCAACAUUUUUUAAGAAGAUUCGCAAAAAUAUUCUGCCCUAUCCUUAAAAUGCUGGCUGGCUUUAGAUGUCUUCAUGCUUAAUAGUGAUCACUUUCUUGCACUGUGAAGUUUUUACAUGAAGAUGUUGAAGUAGAAGUCUACCCUAUUAUUUUAUAAAAUGUUUUGUGUGUGGCAAUAAACUGAAAACAUGGAUCAACUCUUA